AUGAAUUUAAUGGAUAUUCAAGACAUAUCGUGCAUCGAUUUUGCUGAAUUAGGCGUACGCCCAUUGAAUUGUACUGAUGAUAGCAAUGAAGUAGAUCUGGACGACGUAUCGCAUGGGUAUUUCGGUAAAGAAAAAAAACCUGAAUUACAUUCAAUCAAUCAUGGUCCCAAAUUCCGAACUGAUGAUGAUGAUUCCUCAAUGUCUUAUGAAAAUGAAUCGAACUACGAAAUUGAUCCGGAAACUGGUGAGAAAAUCUUUCGUGGAUUGCUCGUUGCAUCUAGUCCAACUCUUCCACCAUCUAACAUUAAUUGGAUUGAAGAAUAUUUAACUAAUAUCAAAUCAUCAUCAUCAUCCAUAUCGUCAUUAUCUACGAAUCAAGUACUGCCAAACAGUGAUUUAUUAUUUGAAGGUAUAGCACUAAGUGCCGAUCAAACAGAUUCAAAUUGGCUCUCUAGAUAUAUUUCCCUCGACGAGUCUACUAAUCGUAUCAUGUUUCCCGAUCAAUACCUAUCCGAUCAAUUAACUGAUAAAAACCUUCCUCAAACAAUAUCACCAAUAUUUAUUCCGUUAUUCAAUCAAAAUCAUCAAGAUUCAUUAAUGAAUUUGUUGAGUGUUGGAAUCGAUGAUGAACAAUCCACCAGUAGCACUAGCAAUAGUUGUCGACGACACAGAUUAUAUUCAUCGAUAGAAAGUGACUCAAAUACACAUGAUAGUGAAAUAACAUUUGAUGGAUCUUUUAUUGAAACAAAACUAGAAAAAAUCGAAUAUGAUGAACAGUUAACUCCACAUGCAUUUGUGCGUAGGCCAAGUGCACGCGGAAAUUUGCAAGGACAACAAGAUGAAGAAACUCUACGUCGAUACAAUAUUCCACUCACAGUUUAUGACAUCACUCAAUCCACCACUGAAGAAUAUAAUCGUCAUUUAGCACAUUUACAUCAUUUAAGUUCUGAACAAAUACAUAUUAUCAAAGAUAUACGUCGUCGUGGAAAAAAUAAAAUUGCAGCACAAAAUUGUCGUAAACGAAAAGCAAUCAAUGUUGAAACACUGGUUGAAGAAGUAGACGACCUGAAGAGACUUAAGCGUGAAUUAGAAGAAAGUAGAAAAUCAUAUAAACAACAAAUUACUGAAACACGUAAUCAAUAUGAAUAUCUUCAUCGUCAAGUUUUACCUGAUCGACAAUUGCCGCCAGCCAUUAUUGUGAAAUAA